CUGUCCGUUUGCGUUACCUUUUCCCCUCUUCGUCCCCAUUACCGUAGAGCUCGCGAGCCCGGAGCUCGGAGACGAAGAAGCGAGAGGAGAGCGAGAGAGAGAUCAAGGUAGAGCUCGGAUCCGAUCGAUAAUGGCGUCUCAGAGAGAACGCGAGAACUUCGUUUACAUCGCCAAGCUCGCCGAGCAAGCCGAGCGCUACGAAGAGCUGGUGGAAUCGAUGAAGAAGGUCGCGAAGCUCGAUGUGGAACUGACGGUGGAGGAGCGGAACCUGCUCUCCGUGGGCUACAAGAACGUGAUCGGGGCGCGGAGGGCGUCGUGGAGGAUUCUCUCCUCGAUCGAGCAGAAGGAGGAGGCGAAGGGGAACGAGAACCAUGUGAAGGGAAUCAAGGAGUACCGGCAGAAAGUGGAGUCAGAGCUCUCGAAUAUUUGCAAUGAUGUCAUGGCCUUGAUCGAUGAGCAUCUCAUCCCUUCGUCCUCCGCCGGGGAAUCAUCAGUUUUCUACUACAAGAUGAAGGGUGAUUACUAUCGCUACCUGGCGGAGUUCAAGACCGGAAAUGACAGGAAAGAGGCGGCAGAGCAGUCCCUUAAGGCAUAUCAGAUGGCUUCAAGUACUGCUGAGGCAGACCUGUCUCCUACUCACCCUAUUCGAUUGGGUUUGGCAUUGAACUACUCAGUUUUCUAUUAUGAGAUCAUGAGCUCACCUGAGAGGGCUUGCCACCUGGCCAAACAAGCUUUUGAUGAAGCUAUUUCUGAGCUUGAUACAUUGAGUGAAGAAUCUUACAAGGAUAGCACUCUGAUCAUGCAACUUUUGAGGGAUAAUCUCACCUUAUGGACCUCUGACAUCCCUGAGGAUGGAGAAUUCCCAUUUCCCAUGUGUUGGUGGAAUGUGGAUGGUGACAGACCUGGUAAUGUGUCAUUUUCCUUCCGUCUAGUGUCAUAUAUCUAGACAUUAUAUCCUUAUAUCUACUUAAACCAUUUUUAUCUCUGUUGGAAACUUCUUGAAAAAUUUUAGUUCUUGUAUCCUACUAUUUGACCGACUAAAAUCUUUUCCAAUCAUCAAGUAGCUUACAGAAUACUGGCUUGAAAUUGUAGGGGAGUAGGUAGUGCAUGUAAUUCUUUUGAGUUUCAGACAAUUUAAUGUGGUUUAAUUCUCCUUUCUCUUUGUUCUUGAUGUCUAGUACUUUUUAGGCCAUUUGUUUCUUUAUUUUUUUUUCUUUUGUUUUAUGAUUUGAAACUUACCAUGGUUCAUGUUUUUUAGGUUCACUUCAUAGGUCAAGUAUUCAUGUAUUAUGAGUUCUAGCUAUAUGUCGCACUAAAAUUGUUUUUAUCAGACUUCUUUCAUUUUGCUUUAUUUCCAAGCAUAAAAGUGUAAAUUAGCAAUUUAGCACAUGAAAUGCAUUCCUUGGAUAUCUGGCUUCAAUACAACGAUUAAGUAUUGUCUACUAUGCUUGCACCAGUUUGUAUACCUAGUUCAUAACCUGUGCUAGGAAUUUUGUUGAAUAUGCAUUAUUGGUCUCAUAUUAGAAACACAUAUGCUAUGCAUCUAUAAACCACAUGCAUUGAUAAGGAAACUACAUGCUUUGAAAAGAAAUAUUUUGAGUAUGAAAUCUAAGUAAAAACUGUAGCGAUGCAUAUGUGUUUUUUGUGGAUCAUAGGAUAUUGUUUGAUAUGGAGAAGAUUGGAUAGGACUAGGUUGGUACUUAACUGAAGUUGUCAAAGGCAGAGGGGCAACAAGGUCUCUCGUAGCUUAGGUGCAAGGUGCAGAGCAAGGAGUGGGCUUGUGCAAUGCAUAUUUUAGGGGAAAGAUUAUAUACACAUUCUUGUAAUUGUAUUACAUAUAAACUAAUGUUUGAAGUCUUGAUAUUGACAUGGUACAACACCGUGCAGACAGUGUGUUUGUUGGCGCUCGGCUCAACCAAAUUAAGAUGUAAUAUCAUGAGUCAAUCAGUAAUGGUAAUGUGGGGUGUAUUGUCACUAGUAUGUUACUGGUACAGUUAAAGAUGAUAAUAUAAAUGGAUUGUUAUGUAAGCGAAACUUAAAAGGGAAGGGAAAAAAAUAAAUGAAAAAGAGUUAUCAUGCUAUCCCAAUUGUUUCCUCAAAAACAAAAAAAAAGAAAGCAUUAAUUGAUUGGCUAGGUUUUUGUUUUUGCUAAGACUUGGUUGGGGAGGUACUGAUGACUUAAAAA